AUGGCUUAAAAGGGGGACAUAAUUCUACGCAUUUUUUUUUUCUAGAUCAACCCUUGUUUACUUUACUUAAAUUAACAAUGUUCAGUAAAGUCUUAAUACCCUCUGCUCUCAAGUUGUCUGCUGGUCCUCGUACCUUUGCUACUUUAUCAAGAAGUAUUAGCAGAAUUAGUCCUGUUCGUUCUCUUAUCCGUAAUCAAGAGAUCCGUCCUCGUAUUUUGAACGAUCUCAAGAUCUCUCCUUAUGCUUUCCUCCACACACAGUCUACAGCUCCUACUUCAGUCGCUGAGCUUGUCAAGGAAGAAAUCAACGACGAUGUUGUUCCUGCCAUUGAACCCGUUGCUGUUGUCGAAAAGAUGAGAUUUGAUGCCAUUGAAGCUAUCAACCCUAUCACCCAAAGAGCUAUCAAGCAAGUAUUCAAGUAUGAGGAGAUGUCUGCAGUUCAAGAAGCUGUCUUGAUGAAAUUACCCAACGAAACCGAUAUGUUUGUCAAAGCCAAGACAGGUACUGGUAAGACACUUGCGUUCUUGACUGCCGCUAUCGAGACUGCUGUUGCCGGUCAAUCUGCCAACGAUAUGAAGCACUUUGAAGGCACCUCCAUCAUGGUUAUCUCCCCUACCCGUGAACUUGCUAACCAAAUUGCUGAUGAAGCUCAAAAGUUGGUCAACUAUUAUCCUUUCAAGGUCCACUGUAUGGUCGGUGGUGAUUCCAAGAGACGUCAAAUCAUGAACUUGGAACGUCGUCGUUGUGAUAUUGUUGUUGCUACCCCCGGUCGUCUUCAAGAUAUGCUCUCUUCCGUACCUCGUUUCAAGAAGAUGUGCGAGAACUUGAAGGUGCUUGUUUUGGAUGAAGCCGAUCAAUUAUUGGAUAUGGGUUUCAAGGCUGAACUUCAACGUAUUUUGAGUCAAAUCCCUGAGAAACGUCAAACUAUGCUUUACUCCGCUACUAUUUCUCCCGAGAUCCGUAACAAUUUGGGUAAAUUUGCUCUUUCUCCCAACUAUGACUUGAUUGAUACCGUCGGUAAGGAUGAUGUGAACACCAACAUUAACGUCAAGCAAUCCGCUUUGGUUGCUCCCUAUGGUGAUCAAAUGGCUCUUAUCCGUAACACAUUGGAGACCCAUGAAGGUGCCACCAACGGUAAGGUCAUUGUUUUCUUGCCCACUACCAAGGCUACCAUGGUCUAUGCCAAUGCCUUCAAGAGAUUAAUGCCUGAUCGUAUGGUCUAUGAGAUUCAUUCCAAGAAGGGUCAAGAUCAACGUUCUCGUAUUGCCGAUAAGUUUAGAAACUCCAAGGAAUCCAGCAUUUUGUUCACAUCCGAUGUCUCUGCUCGUGGUGUUGAUUACCCUGGUGUCAAACUCGUUGUUCAAGUCGGUGUUCCCUCUACUCGUGAACAAUAUAUCCAUCGUCUUGGUCGUACCGGUCGCGCUGGUCGUGAAGGUGAAGGUAUUAUUGUCUUGGCUCCUUUCGAAGAAGCUUUCUUGCACAAGGAAGUUGCUGAUCUCCCCAUCGAAAAGGUCGAAUCCGUUGCUCUUACUCAACAAGAAAUCACCGAAACCAAUGAACUCGUUACCAAGUCUAUUCACUCUAUGGAAGAAGAUAUGGUGAGAGAAAUUUAUACCGCCUACUUGGGUUAUUACUCUGGUAGAAUGCCCAUGUUGGGUCAACGUCGUACAAUGGCUUUAACCGAAGCCAACAAGUUUUUGGAAGGUCUCGGUAUUACAGAAAUCCCUCAUUUGAGUCCUCGUUUCUUGGCUCAACUUGGUUUAAGUGGUGCCGGUGGUGGAAAUGAUCGUGGUGGAAACCGUGGUGGUUUCAGCCGUGGUGGUGAUCGUGGUGGAUUCAGCCGUGGUGGUGACCGUGGUGGAUUCAACCGUGGUGACCGUGGUGACCGUGGUGGAUUCAGCCGUGGUGGUGAUCGUGAAGAUCGUGGAUUUAACCGUGAACGUCGUGAUAGCUUUAGCAGCCGUGAUGAUAGCUUCGGUAGCUUCAAGCGUCGUGAUGAUUUCGGAUCUCGUGAUGGUGGCUUCAAGAGCCGUGAUAACGACCGUGAAGGUGGUUUCAAGAGUCGCGAUAACUUUAACCGUCGUGGUAGCUUCAACCGUCGUGAAGACAAGUAAACAACUUGACAAAAUCCCCUCAAAACCCCUCUCCAUCUUUUAUUUUUCUCUUUUUAAAUUUGGAAAAAAAAUUAUAUAACUUAGAAAUUUCUGUAAAUAACAUUUUUAUCCCAUUUUCCCUUUUUCAUUAUACUAAAUAAAACCUUAAACAAAUUAUUUUAAAUCAC